GAGGCAUUGACGGCACUGCAGACUCUCUCCCAAUAUCAUUCUAAAGCAACGGAAUCCACGGUCAUGACGGCUCGAGCCACGAACAAAAAGAGCGACGCUAACGCGCGCGACGAGGCCGAUUGCCUCAACCGCGAGCUUCGUCGCAAUCUCCUUCUAGAAACGGCCGUCAUCGCCUUUGCCAUCGGCGCUCUCACGAUCCUGAGCAUUGCGCUUGUCUUCUAUGGCUACGUCACCCACAGCGACGCUCUGUUCGCGUUGGGCUUGUACGUGUUGACGGUGCACUUCGCCUUUCACAUGAGCGAGUUUCUCACCGCGGCUUACCAGAGACCGCACGACACGCACCCCGACGCGUUCGUUAUCUUUCACUCGAAAGAGUAUCUGACGGCCAGUGCUCUGGCGCUGUUGGAGUUUUUCAUUGAGGCGUACGCUGUGCCGGAGAGCUGGAAGCUGUCGCCGUCUCGCCAUCCUCUUCUUGGUGCCGUGUUGCGCAUCAACCGCACCGGGGCGGUGUUGUUCACUGCCUUGGUCGUGUUCUUCUACGGUAUCCGUGUCGUUGCGAUGCUGCAAUGCGGGUCGAACUUCUCCCUCAUAAUCGAAUCCGAUCGCCGCAGCAGUCACCGCCUUGUCAGACAUGGACUGUACCGGUACCUGCGCCACCCAUCGUACUUUGGAUGGUUCUGGCGCAGCUUGUUUGCGCAGCUCGUUCUCGCGAACCCGCUCUCAGCCGUGGUGCACACGGUGGUGUCGUGGUAUUUCUUUCGCUCCCGCGUCGCGUACGAGGAAGCGACGCUGGAACGGGAGGAUUACUUUGGGGAGGAGUACAAGGCGUAUAAGCGCCGCACCUACAUUGGCAUACCGUUUUGCGCGUGA